GCGCGAUGUACGAGGCCUCUGCGUUGCUCCCGCGUCGCGACUAUCCCUAGCUGGUUGUCAGACGGGCUGGUCGUCGUCGUCGUCUUUGAAAUCCCACUAAAGUCUCAUAUAAUGCUGCGCUGCCAUGAGCAACCGCGUGCAAGACUGCGCUGUCGAUGUUCGAUCCCGACGACACCUGGAGGGUUAUGGACGACAGCGGGAGUUACGCUGGUCCCUCGCUCGACGACCUUGAAUAUGGUACAUCUCAGCUUCUCUCCGAGGAUCUAUCUGUCACAGGUCCUUCAGAUGGCGCGCACUACUCCUCUGAUCGCGUGCAAAACCCACUCCCAGAUCAUUUGCCACUCCCUGCAGCCCCCGUCAAUAUCAGCCCCGCGUUCUGGAUGCAGAGCAAUCUGCCCGCGCAGCCUCCACUUGCCGCUCCGCCAGCGCCGCCUCUGCAGGAGACUGAGCUCAACGCCGAGCAAGCCUCCCACUCGUGGAAACGGGACGACAGAGGGUACUUGUGUAUCCUGUGUCCCCGGUGUGGUUCAUGGGUCGGCACGGGCUCGAAGACGGGGUACACUUUGACCACUCUCGAGACGCACAUGCAGGGCUGUAAGUGCAGACCUUCCGCUGCGUCUGACGGCCGUGUGCGCAUGGAGGCGAGGGCAGCCCGCGAAGUUCACCUACCUCCGAGCAACUCCCCGGCCUUCCGAGGGUUCGACGCAGGGCCAUACGCCGUCCCGACGCCUCAGGAGAUGGCAGUGCUUCCUCCGACACCAUUCUAUGGCCCUGCGGCGCAUGUGCAGAGCGCGCCGCGGCCAGCUACUGUGUCCGGCUUUCAAUUCACUUUUGAUGAAUACUACGCGCCUACCUCCAGUGACGAGCUCGACAUCGACGGUUCUGGUGUUCCGUCGUCAAGUUCGGUCCCAUAUGGGCUCAAUUCAUACUCGAGUCAGCCACGAGCCUCUCACAAACGGAAGCGAACAUCGCGGCAUCACACUCCGUCCCACAACGCUUUCGACGCUUCAGAGCCACAGGAUACUUCACAGAUGUCUUCGAGUACGACAGUGCCCACCGACUUCUCUCCAACUCCAUCGUGUUGCGGCAUUGCUCUCGUCUGGCCUCAUGCAGAUUUCUUUGAGACCUACCCGUUCCAGCGUCAUGAUCUUAGUGCUCCCGGCUCACUUGGAUAUAAGCUUUGCGCGGUUGGUGACGAUGGCCAGUCGUUUCGCAUACAGUCAUAUAGGUGUACAGGCUCGCUCCUUGUAGCUGGUGACGAGGCAUGUGUCGAAUGCCUGAGCCUCACUGGUACCGUCAAGCACCUCGCGGAGAUGUCCGGCAAUGCUCGACCGCACACGAACUACAAGUAUCGGUCACAUAAGCAGCUGAAUCAAGUCACGGAGUUUUUGAGAGGCGAAGUGUCUCGCUUGCGCUGUAUGACUCUCAACCUUGGUCGGCGGGUGGCUUCCGUACUCAAGAAACUCGAUGACCACCGACGCUUUCUCAUGGCGAUUGCAAACGGAGAUCCACGCGGAAUCAAACAUCUCAUCACGCAGGGACUGAAGGACAGGGUCAGCACAUCCGAGCUACUCAAGCGUGUCGACGAGAGUACCGAGGGUGUUUACCAUGCCCGCGGUUAUUCGGCAUUUGAUUUCGAUCUUGCGCUCCUCAUUCUUCGUCUUGGUGGACGCAAACUACUGUAUGCUAUGAAUCAUUGCCUUGCCAUACCCUCGAUCCGCGCUCUGCGUCGUGCACGCCGUUUCACCUAGUUUCGGUCGUCCAACACUCUCGGAGGUGCAGUGGAACUUCGGGGAGGUGCUCGGGCCAACGAUCAAGCAGCUGAAGGAAGCUCUACGUGCUAUGGCGCGCGAUUCAUCCGACG